UGCUUUUCUUUUUCUUUCCAUUGUUCUUCCCCUUUCUACCCACACGCUCAGAACACAGGAAAACACACAAGACCACCACAAUUCUCCAAAUUCAGCACCACAACCCACCCACCGCCGGCCACCAACAGCCCACCACCGACCGGCGACGACAUAGGCGCAGCACUACCAGUCCACCACACUAGUGAUCAUCUCUAUUUUAGUGAUUUUCCGAGUCCAGGUCCGCCCCUGUAUUGGAUCCUAACACACACCAACCGUGUUGACUCAGAAUCUUACUUCUCUAUUUUCAGUGUUAGCUAUGACUGUUAACGAUGAUCCUAUGGUGGUUCCCCCCACUCUCUCUCCCCCCAACACCUACGAAGCCGUUGUCAAUGGUGGCACCUUCGACCGAUUGCAUGACGGCCAUCGCCUUUUUCUCACUGCUUCAGCUACAUUGGCAAAACACCGUAUUGUCAUUGGAGUUUGCGACGGUCCUAUGCUUGCUAAGAAACAGUUUUCUGAACUCAUAGAACCAAUUGAGACGAGGAUGAAUAAUGUCAAAACUUUCAUAAAGUCUGUCAAGCCAGAGUUGGAAGUGCAAGCUGUACCAAUCACAGAUCCUUAUGGCCCUUCCAUUAUAGAUGAAAAAUUGGAGGCUGUGAUUGUGAGCAAAGAGACUUUACCUGGUGGAUUGGCAGUAAACAGAAAAAGAGCUGAAAGAGGCCUUUCACAGUUGAAGAUUGAAGUUGUAGAUUUGGUCUCCGGAGAAUCAGGCGAGAUUAAGCUGAGUUCAUCAAUGUUGCGGAAGCUUGAAGCUGAAAAGGGCCCAUAGACAUAGUAGUAACAAAGAUUUGUUGACAAUUUGACAUGUAUAAAAACAGAGGCCGAGUUUAAGAUGUCUGGUGCAUGUUCAUGGCAUUGUUUCAAGAACAAAUUCAUAUUCUUAUUCUUUAGAAGAAGAAAAAAAAUAUUGUAACAAUGUAUAUCUCUUUCUGAAGUUAAAAAUAAUCACGUGUAGCAAAAACAUUAUGGUUUUGGUAAGACAAAUGUGUUUUGCUUGUGUAUUCAUUUUCAA